AUGGCUACACGAUCAUUAGUCGUCGGAGGUACGGGUGGCAUUGGCUACGCCAUUGCCUGCCGCCUUGCCGCAGCUUCGGCUUCUUCUCAAGUGACCAUCAGCGGCCGCACCGAACCCAAGGACAUCCCUCACCCCAACAUCAAGUUCCGCGCCUUGGACGCAUCCUCCAUGCGCUCCAUCAAGCAUUACACGAACGUCUACAAAUCACUUGAUGAUCCCGAAAUCGAUCUCCUUGUUCUCACUCAGGGUAUUCUUACCAUGGCGGGCCGGACCGAGACGUCCGAGGGAAUCGAUCGCAAGAUGGCGCUUCACUACUACGGCAGGCAGCUUCUCAUCCGCGAACUGAGCCCUAUCCUGAAAGACGACGCCAAAGUCCUCAUCGUCCUCGACAGCACACGCGGAAGCCCAACGAAGCUGAUUUGGGACGACUUGGACCUGAAGAGGAACUUCAGCCUGCAAAAAGCAGCGGACCACUGCCUGUCCAUGACGGACGCCAUGAUUCAGACCUAUGCGGCUGAGAAUAAGGACAAGAAGCAGCACUUUAUCCACGCGUACCCUGGCAUCGUGCAGACCAAUCUCUUCCAUACCAUGCCGUGGUAUCUUCGGGCUGGGACAAAACUCCUGACCAAUGUGAUGGGUGUACCGGCUGAUACCUGCGCCGAGAAACUUCUGAAGGGAGUUGACGAGGCCUCCGGGAAGGACGGCGCAUCUUGGAGCUGUAUCGAUCAGAAUGGCAACGUGGUUGGCAACAAAGCUAUCUUCGCCGAAGAGGAUCUGAAAAAGGUCAAAGAACACACUUGGAAGACGAUUGAUGAGGCGCUUGCAGUGCCCAGUGAGUAG